UUCAACGUGUUGUAUCGUGCUGUUUGGACGUGCACAUGGACUCCGCAGUGGUUUUAAUCUUCAAUGCCGCCUUUUAAACUCAUUAACAGCUUCCGGGGCUCGAGAGACACAGUGCAAGAUGGGGAAACGAGCUGGAGCCACAAAAGAAAAGCCGUCAACGUCUAUGAACCAAGUAGAACCCUCCAAAAAAAAGUCGGCUAAAGCUGGGGAACAAAGCAAAGGUGACAGUAGUGAAUUAAAUCACAACUACUACAGGUGGUUACAGUCGGCUCUUAAUUCAGCCGUGGGGGAACACCGAUGGGAAGAUGCCUUUAAACUGCUGCCGUGUCUCAUUCUGCAGCGGUGUUAUAAUGUAUCUUCAGAUUUCCUGUGGAGGAUGAUGAGCAUAAUUACCAAAAAUGCUAAGGAAAUCCCUGAUGGUAUGAGAAAAAGCUUGAGUCGAGACUUUUUCCUGUUACCUACAAAAACAAUUAUUGUUGUACUCGACACUUUGGCAGAAGAACUUGAGACUGCAACAGAUGAAAGAAUUGAUGAAAUCCUGCAGAUGUUGGAAGAUUUCAAGAACAACAGAAGUUCAGAAAAGUGGGCAGUUGGGAGUAAGGAUGUUCGCUUGACUGCGUUGAUUGACGCUUACAGAGGCCUUGUGCUUUAUUCUCGCUGGAAAAAUUGCACUUACGCCAAUCAAGACUCCUCUACAGUGCAAGAUAAAAGUGCAGCCAUUUCAGAAGAUUUUUCAGAUGAAGAGAAUGAAGAGGGAAGCAAAGACACCAACAAAAGAUUGGUUACCGAAGCACAUUCAGCACUGAGGAGAGCUUUAUGUAAUCUUGCCGAGCCAGUAGAGUGGAUCAUAGUACCUUACUUGGACUUGGAGAAUGAACUGCGUGGUCCGGAGUCGGCACUCUCCGUACUUCAGGAUUAUGUCAGCAAGAACCUUCAACAUUUACCAGCUCAACACUUAGUUUAUAAUUUUCUAAGAACUUUUGUGCCUAACAGUGAUGAGACUCAGAUGUCUGCACUGAAGGAGAUAACCAGAGUUUGCCCAGAACACCCUCUUGCGUUGGAAUACGUGAAUAGACUUCUGGUCGAAGCUUGUGAUGAACAAGUAUGGAAGCGAACGGAAACAGCCGUUGAUAGUGAUGAGAUAGAGAGCAAGGUGUCUGGGAAUGAGAGCAGUGAUGCAGAGACAGAAUCACAAAGUUGUGGCUUGAAAUCAGAUAUACAAGUGGAAUCACUGGUAAGGGCUCUGAACCUUUUGACAAACUUGCUUGAGUACAAAGAGUGGCGGUGGAAACUGCAACCAUGGCAGACUCUCACACACCUUCUACGUAAAUUUUAUUCAUCCUGGAUAAGAUGCUGGAAGUGUCAAUAUUGCCGUAAAAGUCGAAAAUCAGUGAGACAAGUUUCUAAAAGAGUAACACCUUUGUGGAAAUAUUAUGUUUGGGUGACUGUUCCCGUCUCCCUUCACCCAGAAAAAGCACAGGUCAUCUUUCACCAUGUGUAUUCUGCCCAUGUAUUUUGUUACAAUCAAAUUUAUGUUCUUGAUGCCAUAGCAACUCUCAAGAAAGCCAACUACAAAGUGUUAUCUAAAGAAUUGAAGGAGUCAUUAUAUCAACAAAAACCUUAUUUAGAAAAGUUCUUGGCUUACAGUCUGAAGAAAUCAGAAUUUCAGACAUCUCUUGGCAGUGUGGAGGUCAGCUCUCCAACAAAAACGGAAGAAAAAGAAGUGGAGGUCAGCUCUCCAGCGAAAACGGGAGAAAAGGAAGCCAGCACACGGAAGAGAAAGGCCAAGAAGAAAGCAUUAUAUGAUGUGCAACUUUCUGAAGAUAAACUGCAACCCACAGUAAAGACAGGUAAAGACAAUAAGAAGAGUCAACAGAAAGGACACUCCGGGGAACCUGCAGAACUCAGUGGUGUGAAGGAGAAAAAAUCUACCAUUGCCAGCAAAGUAACACCUCUCACUACUCCACUUACAAGGAAUACGAAGCCUAUUCGUAAUCGUAAGCUAUCCUUAGAUGAAGAAGAAAGAGAAACUAGUUUCUUGAGCUCUGACAUCUCAUUUCACGAAGAUUUUCUUUUAACCAGUACUCAGGUAAGACCUGGAAAUAAACAGAUAUUAGAUAAUUCACUCGGAGAAAGUCCUGCAUUGCAACCAACCCUUAAGGAGAGAGACAUGUUACGGGGGAAGGAGAAAAAUAAACUGAAGUUGUUAAAGGCAAAAGAGAAACACAGAACUGUAGAAGAAAAACAGAAGGACUUUGAUAUAAGUAGUGAAGAUCCUGAUGAUUGUGUUAAGGAAGAAAGGUCUGAUUUGAAUAAUGACACUGCAGUUUCUAAGUUGAAUUGUUCUUCUGCUGAGGAGUAUGUUACUGUCAAUGAAGUCACUGAAGAAGCAACAAAUAUAACUUGUAAUUCUAAUGCAAAAAACUCAACUACAUUUAAGAGGAAAAGUAUCAGUUCCUCACUGAACACAACAUAUACUUUAGAAAGUUCCAUGACAAGUAUGGCUAGUAAAAGUGAAUUCAGUUUGCAAGUAAAAACCCCAUGUAGAAAUAAGAAAAGUUCUACAGAUGUAUCCAGUACUAACAUUGUUGAAGAGACACAGGAAAAGACAGCAGAGUGUUCAAGUUCAGAGCCUGAGGAUCACUUACCUUGUGGUCAAAGGCCAAGAGAGAACAGGUCCAGCGGAUACAAAGGUGGGAGUUCCGAAGGACAGAAUGAAAGUCCUCUGGUCAAUGAAGGAAAUGAUAGUGUAUAUUUUUGUUAUACUGCCCUCCCAACACACAUUAACCCUGAUGAAUUUGUGAUGGACAGCCAGACUGCUUCUGAGCAAAACAACUGUCUUGUUGAGGAAACUUUAACUGAAACAAACAGCAAUCCACUUGAUAUCUGUGAAGGGAAAUGCGUAAUUCAAGAAACCCAAAGCCAAGAAACAUACUCCCAUUCUCUUGUAGGAUCAACAUCAGAGGUAACAGAUGUAACUAAUGCAAACGGGUGGGGCCUAAGUGCUGGAAAGAAUUAUUUUAAAGUGGAAUGUGAGGAUACUGGCACACAAGAUAGUGAAGACAGUGUCCCUUUCUCCCUGACUCAGGGACAGCAGGAACCCAUGCCUUUCAGCCAAAAUGCCCAAGAGCUUGUUUCCUCAGCAGAUGUUACAGAUACCACAGACUUCACAUUUUGUAAAACUGAACUAAAAUCGCCAUUUUCAGAAAAAGAAUAUAAAGACUUUGAGGUACAGUAUGAGGAUAUUGAACAAGAGCCGGCCUCUCCAAGUACAUUAGAAGUAGGUAAUCCUGUAAAACAAGAAUCUGUUACAGUUGGCAAUCCUACAUCUAUUGUUCAGGGUGCUGUAGUCGAGUUUAGUGACAUUGACAAUGACAAGUUUGCGUCUCCUAAAUGUGCUGUGCAGGAAAUUAUUCAUUCAAAUUGUCUUGAUACACCCACAGCAGUGUCUUCUCAUGAGGAAACUAGUGACAGUGAAGAAGCAAUAGGGCCAAGUCAAGAAUUAGUUGUAACUAGUCCACCAAAUUUUAAAAGCUUUAAUAAAUCAAGUCGAAGUUGUGGCAGUGCAUCAGGUGGCAGUUUUGUGUCUAAUACAAGUGGUGAAAGUGAGCAAGAGCAGACAUCUCUUAGUAUAUAUAGUUCACUAACAGCUCUGCAAGACUAUUCAGGCACUUGUGCACAAUCAGAACAAAUGUGCAAAAAAAAUAAAGAAAAGGAGACUUUAGAGGUACUACCAUUAAAUGCAUCAAAAGGCUCAAUACAGGAAGAAAUGGAAUAUGCAUCACUGGCUUGCAAGGAGAAUAAGGGAAGCGGUCAUGGUAAAGGAUUGAGUGAUAUGCAUCCUUCGCUGACCCAAAAACAAAGAGAGAAUGUUACAGUUCAUAAUAUGAGCACUGUAUCUAACAUCACAUUGGUGGCCAACAAUAAAGAACAUGAAAUACUAGAUGCUAUAUGUGAAAGACCUGCAAAAAGUGAACAGCUUUCAGAUGCAUCAUUUGUCACUGCAGAAUCUGCAGGAGACAGAUUGUCCAGUGAAUCUCUUCUGAGUGUUGAUGCAAAUGAAGAUUCUGAAUCACCGGGAUGGAAGAAGACCAGCAUACAGAGUUCCAAUACUUCCAAAUUACGGAAAGAUAUUAGUAAUUCAGAUCUGUUACCAGAAAAUUCCUCUGUGGCAGGAACCACAGCAGUUCUGGACAUAAGUGAGCAGAAUGCCAAGAAAAAUAAAGAUAAAGACAAAACCACAGAAAAUGGUGAUGCAUCUACAACAGUUGUUGCACACAAAAAUCAAAGGAUGGACUCGGUGACAAGUGAGGUAGGAAAUACAGAUGUUGAUUCAUUUGCAACAGCUCUCGAUGAAAGUCAGAAAGGUAAUCAUGGUAAGCAAAGGAAAAAAGCUGGUGCAUUGGAAGGUUUGAAAGAUGCAGAUAGUGAGUUAGUUAUAAAAGGUGUAGAAAUAUUCAAAUCUAAAAAGAAGAAAAAGGAAAAGAAAGCAGAAAUCACAAUAUCACCAUCAGUGCAGGUAGAUGACAUUCCAAAUUCAGAUGGAGUUGAUGGUAGUGCGUAUGAAACAUCAAAGAAAAGCAAACAAAGAAAGGAAAAAAAGAGGAAAGAAAGGUCAGUAGAUAAAGACAGUGAAAAGACAGAGGAAACAAACUUGGUGUCCCACAGCUCCAAAUCAAAGAACAAACAUAAAAGUGACAUAAGAGAGACUGAGAAUGAAGAAACCUGUGAUCAGUAUUGGAUAGAUUUAUGUAGUGACCUUCCUUUCCCAGACCUUGGAAAUGAGAAUGGUGUCCUUGUUUCAGAGACCAGUUCUUCAAAGUCAAAGUCCCAUAGCAAAAAAACAAAAAAUGCAUCCUCAAAGGCUUCUAUACUGAAGUGCUCGUUAAUAGAUUCUGAACUGGAAAUUCCUGAUCUUGACAGUCUGGUAUCUAAAGAAUCUAUCAAGGAAAGAAUAGAUGGGAGUAAGAGCUCUAAGAAGAAGAAAAAGGAACAGAAAGAAAGGGAUGACUCAGAGGAUCAAAAGAAUAGAAAAAAGUUCCCUGAAAUUGAAGAAGAAACCAGGGAAAUUAAAAGUCUAGAUGUCUCUGAAGACCAAGAAAAGAAAAGAUCCAAAAAGAAGAAACUUCAAAUGCAUCCUGUUCAAGAAAUGCCUGAGGUUGAUGAUCUUGAUAUUGUAGUUGAUAAAAAACACAAAUCCACCAACAAUAUGGGACAAAAAGUUGAUGAUGGCUUGUCACUUCCCAUAAAACGAGAAAAGAAAAAGCACAAAAAGGAAAAAGAUAACUUCAUUACAUGUGAUCUGUUACCCUUCCCUGAUAUUGAAAUUGAAGGGUGCUCCAUCUCGAGAGCAGAAAAUGAGACAUGUAUUACUAAAUCUGAGGAAGGAAUUGUCUCACAGAAAAAGAAAAGAAAAAAUAAAGAUAUUGACAGCAAUUUACUUAACACAAAGAGUAAAAAGAAAAAGUCAAAACAUCAAGUAGGGGACAUGUCUUUGGAAACAAGUACCAACAAAGACAUUAAAAUGUGCAAUGGAAAUGCAACUGUCAUAGCAACACUAGAUGUUCCUCAGGUAAAUGGUCACCAUGACUGCUCAGACUUGGUCAAAAAGAAAAAAAACAAGAAGAAUAAAUCUAAAGCAACAGUAAAUGAAUUGCCGACAGGUGUUGAUGGCGAAAGUGUUUUAGACCUUGAAAAUGAAAAUGAUGAACAUGCAAAAAGGGACACAGAAAAGAAAAACAAAAAAAGACAGAGAGAGGAUGUUACAAGUGAGAAUAAAGGAAAAAGCAAUCCGGAAAACACCAAGAAAACGGAACAUUAUACACCAGCAGAAAAUGGAGGUGAAAGUCCGAAGAAAAGAAUGAAAAGAGAUAAGGACGCAUCUCUCAGUAAAAAGGAAGAGCAGAAAGAAAGUACUUCCAAAAAUAAAGUCCAGGGGGAAGUGAGAAAAACGAACAAUAAAAAAGGUUAUAUGACCCCACCAUGGAACAAACCUGUGAAACUACAUGCCAAAUUCCACAGACUUUAUACUGAAAAUGAUGAUCUUUUAUAAAAUGUCUUCCUGCUUUUUCUUGCUCUCCCUCUUCCUCCAUUUCUUCAUUCUUCUCCUUCAACAAGUGAUUUAUGUGAUACUUAGAUUUUACAUGUUACCAGAUGACCUUAUAAUGUAUAGAGAUGAUUACCCCUACAUGCCUGUUAACAUGUUAUUAAGCAUUUGUCAGUAUGUAGAAUUUGUACCUCAUUUCAAGUGAUUGUUGAAUUGAUGAUAACUAUUUAGAAGUUUUAAAAUAAUUUCAUAAUUUUUUCUGUAUUGUUGUUGUUAGUCAAUCAAGUGUAUAUUUAAGUUUAGUAAGAGUGUUAUUCUCUAAGUAAACAUGCAUUCCUUUAUUAGACUGACUGUAAUCAACCUUUAAGUUAUUUAUCAAGAAUCAACAAUGAAAAGUAGGUUUCUGUUCAAUAAAGAUUUUAAAAUAAA